AUGAGAAUUACGGCACGAGAGCUACAAAUAAGUUCCAAACGGGAGAUGGUGCCUCAGGUUGGUGGGUUCUUACCCAUCGCAGGCUCAAGGUCCAAUGAGACUGAGUCCGAGCGCACCUGCAGCUCCCCUUCCGUCACCUCUUCCACCUCUGCCAACGAGUCCCCUUCCGUCGCCUGUGCCUCCUCUGCCAACGAGUCCCCUUCACCUCUUCCCCCUGCCAACGAGUCCCCUUCAGUCACCUCUUCCACCCUUGCCAAUGAAUCCCCUUCAGUCACAUCUUCCACCCCUGCCAACGAGUCCCCUUCCGUCACCUCUUCCACCCCUGCCAACGAGUCCCCUUCAGUCACCUCUUCCACCUCUGCCAACGAGUCCCCUUCCGUCACCUCUUCCACCUCUGCCAACGAGUCCCCUUCCGUCACCUCUUCCACCUCUGCCAACGAGUCCCCUUCCGUCACCUCUUCCACCCCUGCCAACGAGUCCCCUUCAGUCACCUCUUCCACCGAUGCCAAUGAGUACCCUUCAGUCACCUCUUCCACCCCUGCCAAAGAGUCCCCUUCCAUCACCUCUUCCACCCCUGCCAACGAGUCCCCUUCCGUCACCUCUUCCACCCCUGCCAACGAGUCCCCUUCAGUCACCUCUUCCACCCCUGCCAACGAGUCCCCUUCCGUCACCUCUUCCACCUCUGCCAACGAGUCCCCUUCCGUCACCUCUUCCACCCCUGCCAACGAGUCCCCUUCCGUCACCUCUUCCACCCCUGCCAACGAGUCCCCUUCCGUCACCUCUUCCACCCCUGCCAACGAGUCCCCUUCCGUCACCUCUUCCACCUCUGUCAACGAGUCCCCUUCCGUCACCUCUUCCACCCCUGCCAAUGAGCCCCCUUCCGUCACCUCUUCCACCCCUGCCAACGAGUCCCCUUCCGUCACCUCUUCCACCUCUGCCAACGAGUCCCCUUCCGUCACCUCUUCCACCCCUGCCAACGAGUCCCCUUCAGUCACCUCUUCCACCCCUGCCAACGAGUCCCCUUCAGUCACCUCUUCCACCCCUGCCAACGAGUCCCCUUCAGUCACCUCUUCCACCCCUGCCAACGAGUCCCCUUCACACAUUCACGCCCCCCAUGCCUCCUCCACCCUGCCAACGAAUACCACGAGAGCGCCGCGAGCCCACCGCGCACGCAUGGAGGGCACCGCCGGGCCCGCCGCUGCCUCCAUGCUGCACAACCUUGAAAAGUGA